AUGGACGCCCCGAGUCAAGCGGACACAUUGUCGGGCAGAUUUCACGGACAAUGGGCCUUCCUAUCCAACCCUCCACCGCCUCCAAAUCAUGGUCAAGCACGAUCUCUCCCUCCUUCUUCCAGCUACCUUCGCAGCGAUCGAAGUAGUGCGUCCCCUCGUGUUGCGGUGCUCCCUUUUCACCACGGAAAUGCCUCUCGAUCAAGUCUGAACAGGAACAACAAAACAGCCUCCGUUGGCGCCCAUAGCUACGGCUCAGCUACAACUCCAUCUCAGCCGGUUCUGCUUCGUAUCAACUCAGAUGUAGCCUCCAGUCAUAUUCUCGAUCCAUCCCCACGAAACCCGCGCCGGACCGGAAUUAUGAGCAGACCAGACCAGCUCCCGCCGCUAUCAGCCUUCAGUUUCGACGGCAUACUCGGUUCAAUACAGGAAGUAAUCGAGGAAGAUCUGAAUGGCAUCGCAGAGAUAAUGGGAAGAAGUCGAUUGGUACUUGCAGACCAACAUGACAGCCACCUUCCACCCACCGGCGAAAUCAGGGCAGGACUACUACCCGCUCUAGCUGAAGCCAGCUCCAGCAACGAGAGAUUGGCGGGGGACGAUGUCAUGAUCUUGGAUGAGAACGCCAGCCUAAUCGAUGGCAGUCACGCUGGUUCUGCUGCCUAUGGUCUCUUAGAGCGUCUACAAGCCGUGCCACGAACGAGGCGUAUGCACAGCGAUUUUCCAACGUCGUAUGCCAGAUCGAGCAUGUCGGGAACAGAAGCUCGUGUCCUGACGCCUACCAUUCCGACAGACGUGAUAGACUCGCCAACAUCACCACCGCCAGAGGGAUCUCAAAGUUCGCGCAAGCCAUCCUCCUCGCUCCUUCGAUUAACAUCAGCCGGCGCGGCCACCACCACCGAAGCACCCACCGCAGCAGUCGUGUCCUCGGAAGUCUGGCUCUCCGCCGGCUCGAAAGGACAGUUCUCGAUCCCCAUCGUAUCCGAGGCCGGCAAGCACUUCGCCCUUUAUAGCUACGACGAGAGCCAGAUUUUCGAAGCAGAAGACCCACAGCAAUCCCCUGGGCCAUCUUUUGCCGCCCGGAUGCAGCGCCUGGUGCUUUUGAAGGACCUGCAGGGUGCGCUGGCGUGGACAUUGGGCCAUCGAUCGCGCGACACGGCAUCCGGCGGUAGCAGUAGCGAUGCAGAGAGCCAGCUGCGUGAUAUAUUGGGAAAGCAUCCUGCCGAGCCGGUCGGUGAGUCCUCCCUACAUCCUCCGGCGGGGGAGAGCCAAGAUAUGUAUGAAUGA